GACGAUUAAAAGAUAUGGACACGAUAAGUAAUUAGCACUGAUAAUACGUAAAAAUAGCAAUCAGAUAUUUUAUAUCGUAAGGAUUAUCUACCUAUGGAGUACCUAAUUACUUAAAUGGAUAAACAUUUUUACUUUUAUUCGGGGAAUUAGCUUCCAAGACUCAAAACGUGUGAUGGGGCUGUACGGGGUUAUUCUCGGCAUCUUGGCGUCAGCAACAGUGAUCAGUGCUUACAAAAAUCCGUAUUAUGCAGCGAACAGAACCGUGAAUGUUCACCUUUUCGAGUGGAAAUGGGAUGACAUAGCUGAUGAGUGUGAACGGUUUUUGGGACCUCGCGGAUUUGGAGGAAUUCAAGUAUCUCCUCCUAACGAGAAUGUGAUUCUAAGGAAUUACAAUCGGCCAUGGUGGGAGCGAUACCAAACGAUGUCCUACCACUUGGUGACCAGGUCUGGAGAUGAGCGGCAAUUCGCUAACAUGGUGCGCCGUUGCAAUAAUGCGGGUGUUAGGAUUUACGUCGACGCAGUUAUCAACCACAUGACAGGGGAGCCUACGGAGAAUGUCGGUACGGCUGGCAACACUGCGGUGUUCAGAGAGUGGCACUACCCCGCAGUGCCCUACACGCGGGAACAUUUCAAUUGGCCCCAGUGUGGCAUCCAGGGCUCAGACUUCGUCAAUGACGCGUGGAGGGUACGCAAUUGUGAGCUGGUGGGUCUGAAGGAUCUCAAUCAAAGAAACGAGCACGUGAGACUCAUGAUUGUUAACUUCAUGAAUAAACUCAUCGACUUAGGCGUUGCUGGCUUUAGAAUCGACGCAGCCAAACACAUGUGGCCUCAAGACUUAGAUGUAAUUUAUAAUAGACUGAAAAAUCUGAACACUGCCCACGGCUUUCCAUCAAACGCUAGACCUUACAUUUACCAGGAAGUCAUCGACUAUGGAGGGGAAGCUAUAAGCAGGGACGAGUACACCCCCUUAGCCGCUGUCACAGAGUUUAGAGUUGGAAUGGAUUUAAGUAAUGCCUUUAGAGGUAACAACGCUUUGAAAUGGUUACAAUCUUGGGGACCUCAAUGGGGUCUCCUAGCUUCCCAAGACGCUUUAACCUUUAUCGAUAACCAUGAUAACGAAAGAGGCCAUGGUGGCGGUGGUGGAGUUUUAACCUACAAGCAGGGACGGCCAUACAGAGCAGCCAUAGCUUUUCUGCUAGCUCAUCCGUAUGGAGAGCCGCAGAUUAUGAGCAGUUUCGCUUUCCUGGACUCAGAAGUUGGACCGCCAAUGGAUAGGAACCAGAAUAUUAUAUCUCCAUCUAUUAACUCAGAUGGCACUUGCGGCAACGGCUGGGUAUGCCAGCACCGUUGGCGUCAAAUCUUUGCCAUGGUUGGUUUUCGCAAUGCCGCCGCUAGGACAGGCGUCACCAACUGGUGGGACAACGGUAACAGCCAGAUCGCCUUCUGCCGCGGCAACAACGCCUUCAUCGCCUUCAAUAACAACGCGUGGGACCUCAACCUCAUCUUGCAGACCUGUCUCCCAGCCGGAACCUAUUGUGACGUGAUAUCGGGCAACAAAGUGAACAACUCCUGCCAAGGGAAAACGGUCAGAGUGGGCAAUGACGGCAGAGCGCAAAUAUCCAUAGGCGCUCACGAUUAUGACAUGAUGCUGGCUAUUCAUAUUGGACCUGAGAGUCGCCUUUGAAAAUCAACGCUGUUAAGAAGUUAAAAGGGUGUAAAAAUUUCCAUUCCGAAAAAAAGGCUCAGCACACCGGUGGUGUACAGAAAUUGCUAUUUUCUAAAUUACUUAUUUAAUCUACCUAGUU